CAACGUUUUAAAUGUACAUGUACUCCCAGAUCCUUGAAAUGAUCGAAGAGGGAAACCAGACCGAUGUUAACAUGGCCCCUUUCACCAUGCGCGCAAUUUGUCGCCAGCUUUGCUGGAGUAGUAUUUCAAGAUCUCAGCUGAUAAUCUUACCGUUCAUCUCUCUCAAUAAAAGUGAGAAUCACUUCCGACGGAUGGCGAAGGCUCCUGUGAUGUUAGGGAGCUCCAUUUCCCAUGGACACCGGGGGUUUUGCAUUGGAACUGAACAUCCAAUCAGCCGUUAUCCAGUCCCCAAUCAAGAGGACUUACCACAAGACAUGCAAGAUACCAUUAACGAAGUUGCAGAGAGGAGUGGAUUUGUUCCUAAUGUCUUCAAAGCACUCUCCCACCGGCCAGAUGAAUUCCGAGCUUUUUUCAGGUAUUAUGAUGUCAUCAUGGGAAAAGAAACAGGAUCACUCACUAAAGCUGAUAAAGAAAUGAUCGUUGUUGCUACCAGCUCAGUCAACAACUGCUUGUAUUGCAUCAUAUCUCACUCAGCACUGUUUAGGAUCUACUCCAAGAAUCGUAUUCUAGCUGACCAGAUUGCAGCCAAUUGGGAAUGUGCUGAAUUGGACUCCCGACAACGAGUGAUUGUGGAGUUUGCCAUUGCUGUCUGCAAGUCUGAGACUAUCACAGAAGAACACUUUAAGAAACUAGAAGCACACGGCUUGGACCGUGAAGAUGCUUGGGACAUUGGUGCUAUUGCUUCUUUGUUUGCAUUGUCAAAUCGAAUGGCUCAUCUUACAGAUAUGAGACCAAAUAAAGAGUUUUAUUUAAUGGGAAGGGUGCCCAAAGAGAAAAAGUAGGAGCACAGCUGGAUAUCAGAAACAAAAGCACUGCAGUCAACAAAAUGGAAAUCUUAGAGUCACUGUAAUCACACUUUAAUUUUUACAGUAAAUUACACAGAAAUUGAUCAUAUCCAAACAUUUUUCAACAUUUAACAUCUGAAGUUGACCACAUCUAAACUGUUAACUGGUAUCAAGCAUUCAAAGUUCUAUCCAUGAAAAAGUGUCUUAUCUUGGUAUUGUGAUUUUUUUGUUAUAUUUAUUUUGAUCAAUACCACUUAGUAAAUUCACUUUAAUUACAAAAUAAAAAAGUUGCAUUUGUGAAAAAAAGUAAAAUCUAAUGAAGUCCAACAGAUUACAAAGUGGAGUUUACUUUCUAACAGGUACAGAAUGUUAACAACCUUGGCAGUCUAUCAUGUAAAAUGUAUGUAUAAAUAUAGAACUAUGUCAUUUAAGCUAAGCUGUUUUUACCAUUGUUUCAUUGACACCUUUGUAAAUGUGUUUCAGUUUAUGCAAGAUUGCUGUUCAAUGCACGUGCAUCUAGUGGUUAAUUAAUUGAAGUUGAAAGAUAAUGUUUUCAUGAUGGACGUGCAGUUGAAAACAAAAGAAAAAAAAAAGAAAACAACUGUGGUUUGGUAAUGAUGUUGAAUAUUGAUAAGAGCAUUAUUGUGAAUACUUUUCUCAAAUGAACUGAAGGGAACAAAACUGGAUUGAUCCUUAGAUUUUUAGAUAGGUGAUGAGUGUCUUGAUUGUAUUACAAACCUCCUCUUGAACUAAACUGGGUAUGGGAAGGUUUAUGGGAUAUAGGUUUAAGGAUAUGGGAAGCUGUAGAGUAGGUUGUAAAAAUUUAGCAUACAUUAUGAAAGGUUGACAGACUUCCAGUAGAGUCUGCAAUACUGCACUUUUGAAACACAGAAAGAUGCACAUUUUGAAUUUAAUAAUUGUAUGCAGUUCACUCAAAGAUAAAAUGUACAAAUAAAAUACAAAUUUGUGUUGUCUGAAGCUUGAAAGUUGCAAAAUAAAACUGGCAGCUCAUUAACGUACAAAUGUA